UUAGCUUAUGACCCCCACCCCCCAUGUUCAUAUAUAUUUUUUAAAGAAAAAUAAUCCAGACCCCCGCCAGGAAAGAGGACAAAUAUUUACGAUUCUAAAAAAUACAUGCCCCUGCAGAUCACUCAACUGGGAGCAUCAUUUAACCUGAAAAUUGUACCUAGCUGACCCUAAAGCCAGUCAUAUUUUUUGUCAGACCUAUAUUGGGUAACUUGUUUGUUUGUUUUGAUUUUGUUUACUAAUCUCAAUUUUUAAUGUUUAUUUUUGAUUUUUGAACAAUUAUUUUUUCCCCAAAAAUGGGAUCUUUUUAUCUUGCGAGAAAAUUUUUUGUAAACUUAUUUUUUUCAUUUGUUCUAAAGAUUUGUGAUUGAUUAUUUCCUCUAGUAGAUAUUCAUUUUUUAAUGUUCAAUUUUGUAAAAUUUCAAAUUUAUUUUUCCAGAGUCAGGUUUUAAAAUGGCGUCUUCGGUGGAGAUUACUAAAAGUAUAAAACUACCUGUUACAAUUGAUAUUGCACUUAGAAAUAUCAAAGAUGCAAAGAUAUUUGCGAUGGAUAUUGGGGGAAGUUUAACAAAGAUUGCAUACUAUUCAACUCUACCCUUAAAGAAGAUUGUUUACGACAGUAAUGAACCAUGUACUACAGAUGAGGAUCAAGAUGAUGCUAUUUAUGAAAUGACAGAGGGUGCUCGUCUUCAUUUUAUCAAGUUUGAAACUAAGCAUAUAGAAACCACACUGGAUUAUAUUCAACAGUGCCUGGUUGGAACUAAACCACAGAUAAUAGAUAACACAAUAAAAGUGACGGGUGGAGGAGCAUAUAAAUACGCAGAAAUGAUAGAAACUAAACUAGGAAUGAAGAUUACGAAGGAAGAUGAGAUGGAAUGCAUGAUCAGAGGCUGUAACUUUUUACUCAGGUAUUAUGCUACUUAAUUAGGGGUAUAUAUUCUUACCAAGAUUUGAUUUCUACUCUCCUCCCCCAGCCUCAUCUAAUCCCCCAUUUCAAAACAGAGGAAAUCUCCUAUAACAAUAGGAUCAGGAGUAUCAGUACUAAAGGUUGAAUCUGAGGAUACAUUCAGUAGAAUUGGGGGAACAGCUACAGGGGGUGGAACAUUCUGGGGGCUUGGUAAACUACUCACCUCUGCUAAGGAUUUUGAUGAGCUUCUCUCCUUAGCGGAAAAGGGAGAUCACAGAAAUGUUGAUAUGCUAGUGAAAGAUAUCUAUGGUUGUGAUUAUUCUGCUCUUGGACUACCCGGAGACUUGAUUGCAUCAAGUUUCGGGAAAGCAAUCCAGCUUGGAGCAAACCCGGAGAAACAUUUUAGUGAAGCCGAUAUUGCUCGAAGUUUGCUUUAUAUAAUAAGCAACGAUAUUGGACAGAUAGCCUGUCUUUAUGCACUCCUACAUAAAGUAAAAAGAAUAUAUUUUGGCGGAUUCUUCCUCCGCCACAGACCGGUCAGCCUACACACAAUAUCCUACUCUAUAAACUACUGGAGCAAGGGCGAGGUUCAGGCAACCUUUCUCCGACAUGAAGGUUAUCUUGGAGCCAUCGGAGCUUUCCUGAAGGGAGCAGAGGUUAUGGACACCUCUAAAUACUCGUGGACGGAGAACUUGUACGGAAGCUCGAGUUUCCAGGCUCAGUUUCCAUCACAUCCCAAGGGAAGUAAGGAGGCAAGCUUGGAGAUGGAUCAUCUAGAGAUAGAUAGGUUCGAUUCUCCCCUAGGAUACUGCCCUCUUCUCAAGAAUCCUGAUAAUUACAUUCCAGACACGAUCGAUCUUACUCGUGACCAUGAUGCUCGAGUGUACUGGCUCCAAUGUUUCGAGGAUUCCCUGCCCAAGUUUACGGACAGAGCGCGGGAAAGUCAAUCUCAUUCCGCGGAUUCCGGGGAGCGUGCGGAGAAGUUUCAAGAGAAGUUUUUGUCCCGGAUACAGCUGCUGAGAAAAGAAGCGUUUGCAUUUGGAAAUCUGACUGUAAGAUCACUUCUAGAUAUGAGAGAACAUUGUCUGAUGGAGUUUGAUUUUCACGAUCCAUAUCUCAGGCAAAAACAGAUGGAGAAUAAGAUAGCUCUAGGCCUGCUAAAGGAAAGAUUGGAUCAACUCUCCAGUAUGGCCUGGGAGGAACGACAAGAAAGUUUAGCUUUAGGAUUUCUAGCUGGUAAUGUAUUUGACUGGGGAGCUAAGGAAGUUGCGCUGCUAAUGGAGGCCGGUCAAAUUGAUUUCAGGAAGGCCAUGAACCAUAUCGGCCCCCGACCUUGGCUAAUUGACGAUGUUGAGAGCUGGGUUGAUAGACUUCGUGGACCUCCUCAUAAGUGUGCCUGUAUUUUCCUUGAUAACUCCGGUGCUGACGUCAUUCUUGGUGCUAUUCCGUUUACUGAAGAACUACUCCGACGAGGCACAAACGUUAUCCUCUGUGCUAACUCUAAACCUAUCUUGAACGAUGUUACCUAUGCAGAACUUGUAUUGCUUCUCGCACAGAUCUCUGAUAUUAGUCCAGUAAUCAAGGCAGCUCUAGAGGAUGGACAAAUGAUCGCCAGAGAUAGUGGGCAGGGAAGUCCUUGUCUAGAUCUUACCAGACUUAACAACCAGCUGUGUGAAGAGAUGCUAAGUAAGAAUGUUGAUCUACUGGUACUUGAAGGAAUGGGGAGAGCUAUUCAUACAAACCUUUAUACACCAUUCAACUGUGAAUCAUUAAAGGUGGCAGUCUUGAAGAACAAAUGGCUAGCGCAAAGAUUAGGAGGGAAUAUGUUUUCCGUUGUGUUUAAGUACGAAGUGCCCUAAGCUCCAGAUACUCCAGAUCUAGUUUAUUCAAGAUAAAUUUGCAAAUACUUUCAUUUUUAACCUAUUGAUUUGAUAUUAAUAUAAAAAAA